CUGGGCGCCGCCCCGCUUUCCUCAAGGUGGCGCCCCGCCCCGUGACGUCAAGGGAGCCGGCGGCCUGACGUCCGGGGCUCCACCUUCACCUCGCCUCCCCGGGCCUCCUAAGAUGGCGGCGAGCCUGUUUCCUCCCGGACCGCCGCCACUCUCAAUAUGGUAGCUGUUUACCAUGUUUCUCCUCCCCUCUCCGCCUCAACUUCCUCGUUAUUUUGAAUAAACUUUAUUGAUGCCCUUGAAUUUCCUGCCCCUGGUCCCGGGCCCUCCUGGCGACUCCUCCGGCGGUCUCUCCAGACCCGGUGGCCAGUUCCUCGGCUCGAGCCUGCCUCCUGACGAGCGAGCCAGCGACAAAGCCGCUCGCCGGUCGGACGGUCGGCCGGCCCCCGCCCCCCCUCCGGUCAGGCCUCGCCCUCUGGAAGGCUCUGAGCGGCCAGCCCGCGCAAGGUCUGUGGUGACUGCUGCCCUCGAGCCCCGGCCGACGACAGGCACUGCGUGACGCGGCGUGUGGUUUCUAGGAGAAGGCAACCGCCUUCUAGGCUAGGCGCUCGGCAAAGCGUUCCUUGCUGCCUUCGGACCCUCGGAAAGGCCCAAAGCUGGCCCGCCGCAAAGCGACCCACCCCCCUGUGAAGAUGGCCUCGGUGCCGGUGUAUUGCCUCUGUCGGCUGCCUUAUGAUGUGACCCGAUUCAUGAUCGAGUGUGACAUGUGCCAGGACUGGUUUCACGGCAGUUGUGUUGGUGUUGAGGAGGAGAAAGCUGCUGAUAUCGACCUAUACCAUUGCCCCAACUGUGAGGUCUUACAUGGACCCUCCAUUAUGAAGAAACGUCGUGUGUCUUCCAAAGGGCAUGAUACUCACAAGGGAAAACCAGUGAAAACUGGGAGCUCUAUGUUUAUUCGAGAACUCCGGGGUAGGACUUUCGACAGCUCAGAUGAAGUGAUUCUGAAGCCCACGGGAAGUCAGCUAACGGUGGAAUUCCUGGAAGAGAAUAGUUUCAGUGUGCCUAUCCUCGUCUUGAAGAAGGAUGGAUUGGGGAUGACACUGCCCUCUCCAUCAUUCACUGUGAGGGAUGUGGAACACUAUGUUGGUUCUGACAAAGAGAUUGAUGUGAUUGAUGUGGCCCGUCAGGCUGACUGCAAGAUGAAACUUGGUGAUUUUGUGAAUUAUUAUUACAGUGGAAAGAGGGAAAAAGUCCUCAAUGUCAUUAGUUUGGAAUUCUCUGAUACCAGGCUCUCAAACCUUGUGGAAACACCCAAGAUUGUUCGCAAGUUGUCAUGGGUGGAGAACUUGUGGCCAGAGGAAAGUGUGUUUGAGAGACCCAAUGUACAGAAGUACUGCCUCAUGAGUGUGCGGGAUAGCUAUACAGAUUUUCACAUUGACUUUGGUGGCACCUCAGUCUGGUACCAUGUGCUUAAGGGUGAGAAGAUCUUCUACCUGAUCCGCCCCACAAAUGCUAAUUUGACUCUCUUUGAGUGUUGGAGCAGUUCCUCUAAUCAGAACGAGAUGUUCUUUGGUGACCAGGUGGAAAAGUGCUACAAGUGUUCUGUGAAGCAAGGACAAACACUUUUCAUUCCUACAGGAUGGAUUCAUGCCGUGCUGACCCCUGUGGACUGCCUAGCCUUUGGAGGGAACUUCUUACACAGCCUUAACAUCGAAAUGCAGCUCAAAGCCUAUGAGAUUGAGAAGCGGCUGAGCACAGCAGACCUCUUCAAGUUUCCCAACUUUGAGACCAUCUGCUGGUAUGUGGGAAAACAUAUUCUGGACAUCUUUCGAGGUUUGCGAGAGAACAGGAGACACCCUGCCUCCUACUUGGUCCAUGGUGGUAAAGCUCUGAACUUGGCCUUUAGAGCCUGGACAAGGAAAGAAGCUCUACCAGACCAUGAGGAUGAAAUCCCGGAGACAGUGCGGACUGUACAGCUCAUUAAAGAUCUGGCUAGGGAGAUCCGCUUGGUUGAAGACAUCUUCCAACAGAACGUUGGGAAGACGAGCAAUAUCUUUGGGCUGCAGAGGAUCUUCCCAGCCGGCUCCAUCCCCUUAACCAGGCCAGCCCAUUCCACUUCAGUAUCCAUGUCCAGGCUGUCACUGCCUUCCAAAAGUGGUUCAAAGAAGAAAGGCCUGAAGUCCAAGAAUAUCUUCAAGAAGGCAGAGCGAAAGGGCAAGGAGAGUUCAGCCUUGGGGCCUGCUGGCCAGUUGAGCUAUAAUCUCAUGGACCCAUACAGUCAUCAGGCACUGAAGACAGGCUCUUCCCAGAAAGCAAAGUUCAACAUCACGGGUACCUGCUUGAAUGAAUCAGAUGAUGACUCACCAGACAUGGACCUUGAUGGCAGUGAGAACCCACUGGCCCUGUUGAUGGCCAAUGGCAGUACCAAGAGGGUAAAGAGCAUAUCCAAGUCUCGGAGAGCCAAAAUUGCAAAGAAGGUAGACAGUGCAAGGCUGGUAGCAGGACAAGUCAUGGGAGGUGAAUUUAACUUGGAUUCAGAUGAUGAGCUGCAGAUUGACGAGAGACUGGGAAAGGAAAAGGCGAGCCUGAUCAUAAGAUCAAAAUUUCCCCGGAAGUUGCCCCGAGCAAAGCCUUGCUCUGACCCCAACCGUAUUCGUGAACCUGGAGAAGUUGAGUUUGACAUUGAGGAGGACUAUACAACAGAUGAGGACAUGGUGGAAGGGGUUGACAGCAAGCUUGGGAAUGGGAGUGGAGCUGGUGGAAUUCUUGAUCUACUUAAGGCCAGCAGGCAGGUGGGGGGACCUGACUAUGCUGCCCUCACUGAGGCCCCUGCCUCCCCCAGCACUCAAGAGGCCAUCCAGGGCAUGUUGUGUAUGGCCAACCUGCAGUCUUCAUCAUCCUCACCAGCUACCUCCAGCCUGCAGGCUUGGUGGACCGGGGGGCAAGACCGAAGCAGUGGGAGCUCCAGCAGUGGGCUGGGCACUGCAUCUAACAGUCCCGCUUCCCAGCGUACCCCAGGAAAGCGGCCCAUCAAGAGGCCAGCAUACUGGAGAAACGAAAGCGAGGAGGAAGAGAAUGCCAGUCUCGAUGAGCAAGACAGCUUGGGAGCAUGCUUCAAGGAUGCUGAGUAUAUCUAUCCAUCCCUGGAGUCUGAUGAUGAUGACCCUGCUCUGAAAUCUCGACCCAAAAAAAAGAAGAAUUCAGAUGAUGCUCCAUGGAGUCCUAAAGCCCGUGUGACUCCAACUCUGCCCAAGCAGGACCGUCCAGUUCGUGAGGGGACCCGGGUUGCCUCCAUUGAGACAGGUUUGGCUGCAGCAGCUGCAAAGCUUGCCCAGCAGGAGCUGCAAAAGGCCCAAAAGAAGAAAUCUAUCAAGAAGAAGCCUUUGAUGAAGGAGGCAGAGCAGCCUCGCCCUCAAGAUUCCAAUGUUGUUGUGACAGUGUCUGCACCAACGCUGGCUACUAUGCCCCAACCUCUCACCUCCUCACCCCAGCCACCUCCUGAGCCUAAACAAGAGGCUCUGUCAGGAAGUCUUGCUGACCAUGAGUACACUGCUCGCCCCAACGCCUUUGGCAUGGCUCAGGCAAAUCGAAGCACCACACCCAUGGCCCCUGGAGUCUUCCUGACCCAGAGGCGUCCUUCAGUUGGCUCCCAGAGCAACCAGGCAGGACAAGGAAAGCGUCCUAAAAAGGGCCUGGCCACAGCAAAGCAGAGACUCGGCCGCAUCCUGAAAAUCCACAGAAACGGCAAGUUACUUCUGUGAGCCAAGCCCCAUCAUCUCCUACUUCACCCCUUUCACCCCCAUUGCCUUCUUCGUUGUCAACUCGGGGCACUUCUGGAUCCUAUGAGCCCCGGACAAGGUGCAUUGUCCUGCUUCAUUGGGACUGACCAAAGGCAUGGACUAUCCCCAAUUUCCUUUCUCACUUCUGCUAUGAGUAUCCUGCCUUCCUUUUCCAUACCCAUGAAUAGCAGCAAGUAAAUGGGAGAGGUUUCUAACUGACAAGAAUCUUUUCCUGCUCCUCCCACAUAAUUUCCCUUCCUAUUGGAAUUGGAAUGUAUGAUGAGGAGCAGCAUAAAGGAAGUCUGGGCCCUUCAGUUUCCCUGCCGUGAAGUGCUCAACAUUUGCUCCAUCUCCAGCUCUGUCUCUAAGCCCGCCCACCUCCACCCAUUUUUUUCCUACCCCUUCCUCCCAAUCCAGUAGGUAUGCCCUACCUUCAGUCUUGUUUCUGAAAGAAGGUUGUGGUCUUUAUCUCCUUUUGCCUCUUUUCAUGAGGAAAAUGGAGAGGACCUUUAUUGCCCUAUUAUGGGCCAUCUCCAGAUCUGGCCUAGAAAAACUGACUUUAUCAGUCUUUGGGGAAUAAAAGGAGAUUCCUGUUACUUUUCAAGGUGAGGAAGAAGACAGAUGCCCAAGCCUUUGAUUGUGACUGUUGCCUAGCCCACCAGAAGAGACUACUUUUGUCUGAUUGCACAUGAAACCCCAUGAUGAUCUUCAGGAAUUUGCCUAUAUUUUGAGGGCCUGUAGAACAUUAUCCCCAUAGCUAUAACUGGGUUCCAGCAGGUACAAACCCAACUCCUAGAAAUCCAAAGUACCUGUCAUAUUGAUAACUCUGGCUCUGUAGCCUGCUCCUGCCAUCUAUACCACAAAGCACAGCCUGAACCUUCUGGAGGGAGGGUAUGGUGAAACAACCUAACCCUGCAGGGUCAUUUAUCAGGAAUCUUCAUGCUUCUUUCCCCAUCUGAGGUUUAGUCUGAAGAAGACUUCAGGACUCAAAUCUUCACCCCCCAGACCUUUACUUUUGCAGACCACAGACCAACAUUCAAGCAUAGUGCAGAUAGGCUAUUCAAGUGUGAAUUUAGAAACGAUGCCCAUCUGUGAAGUAGCAGAUCUUCUGAUCCACCUUUUUUCUCCUUUGUGAUUGUCACCAUUUUCCAGACAGUGCCCCCACCUCCCGUUUGUCUUGCCUUACUGGCAAUCUGGACUUGAUGGAGACUGCCCCCUCCGAACAACCCUUUUUGGCACUGCCCAAGUGGGAGUGUCCUCUACCUUCCACUUGUCCUCACCCCAGCUUGCCUAGUGCUUCUGGGGAAUUUAACAGCUAUGAUACAGACCACAGGGAAUAUGUGAGGCCUCUAUGUUAUCUUUAUGUUUGUGCUUCUUUAUUUUUUCUGUAGAUCCACCCCCUCAUCCUUCAUGGAAUCAGGGGUACUUUAGCAUAUUUGCUUUUUCUACCUUGGGGACUCCAGGGGCCAAGCAGUCCUCCUUUAGUCACACCAAAGGCAAAAGGCCUGGCUACCUCCCCCUUAGCAGUGAGGUCCCUACUCCCCUCCUUUCUACUCAGCUUUGCUUCUCUUGGAGAUUUCAAGGCAGUAGUGGGGAAGUAAGGGGGAAGCAGGAGAAGCCUCUGACCCUAUGUGGGCAACUUCCUGACUAAAGGCUGACUGUUGUCACCAAACACAGGUCCCUAGCCCUUUCACCCAUUAAAACUCCCUCUUGAUCUUUCAAAGGCAGCUAAUUGCUAGCACCCUCUCCCCACCCAUUCCAGGCCUCUUUUCCCUCUGUUUCUUUGUUAGAAGGUUCUGUGGAGCUGAAACCCAGCCUCUGAUGGGGUUUGUUUAGUUUAGUUGGGUUCUCAGAGUCUCCUGUUGUUUUGUAUUGUUUCCAAUGAAAAGCAAGUUUACCCUCAGAGUUAUGCUUUUCCAAAGAAGCUAGUGUGUUUUUGUUGUUGUUAUUGUUGUUAUUGUUGUUGUUGUUUUGUUUUUAUGUUUCAGGUUCUAAGUGAAGUGAGGUGGAGAGGAGUUGGAAAUAACCAAGGUUUAGAACAUGGUGUGAUAGUUACCUCUGAUCUGCAAUCCCAGCAGAGAGCUGGGGUAGGAUAGGAGGGCAGAGAGAAGAGGAUUUCUAUUCACCUUUAAUAUAUUUUUACAAAAAAGCAAACAAUUUAAAAACAAACCCACCGCUUCUGUACAUGUCUAAAUAUAUUUUUAGAAGUGGGUAGGAUUGUGAUUUCUGAUGCAGGGCCUUUUUAUAAAUAGGUUAGAGUAGCAUCAUCCAGAUUUCUCUGUUGUUUGUUCCCCUUGUUUUUUCUUAUGUUGUGUUACUAAUGUAAUUUAUAUAUUUUUUAGAUUUCCCUUUCCUGUAGAGAUAAAAGUGAUUUAUCUUGGCA